AUGUCCUUCGUACCGCUGGCAUCCUCCUACAAAGCCGGCCCUCCUCUAUCACCUUCCUCGCCCCCAGCCGACAGGGCCAAAUCGCAUCAGCUGCAUCAGCAGCAUCAUCCGAAAGACCAAACACCCCAUACUCCGACCUCCCCUCCAUUGAUGUCAGCCAGUGCUCAAAACUAUGCCUCGAGCUUCUCUACUACUGAAACGUCACCUGCGCAAACCCAAUCCACCUCACUCUCCUCUCCGCCAUCCUCCGUCGCAAUGUCCACUCAGGUCUCCCAACAGCCCACUGUAACGUCAACUACAUCAUUUCCCACACCCGCAAGCAGUGUUUAUGGUCAUUUCGCCACCAACAGCACCAUGGAUGAUCCAGAAAGCAACUCCAAGAACGCUACAGCAGACUCUCAGAAGGACGGAAGACCGUCGACUGGGGAAAAAAGAGGGUUGGAUUUCAUUGAUAUUGAUCAACCAGGACACAGAAGAACUGACCAUGACCGGCAGAAAAGCAGUCUACAUGAAAAUUCUGAUGAAAAUGAAAUGGAUUUGGAUUACAGAGUGGCUUCAACGUCUCAAGAAGAACGGCUGGCCCUGUCAGCCCUCCAGCAAGAUAUAGGCACUGCUUUCCAUAUCUGCAAAUCUUCUUAUACCGCAUCCGGCCCGAAUCUGAGUUUAGAUUUAGUAUCACUCUACGGUUUAGGCCCGGUUGCUGCGUCUGUUGCUCGGACCGACCCCGUGACGGGCGAAAAGAUAAACAGGUUAAGGAAGUCGUAUGAAGGGAAAAUUAAAAGUCUUUGUUUAGCAGGAAGAAAUAAACCCGUCAAGGCCGAACCUGGAGCAACUGGAGGGUUAAGAUAUCUGACAUUAUGGCCAGAAGAGGAGUGGCAAAACCAAAAGGUGUAUGGAAAGGAUAUAAAAGUCCCGGAGCCCGAAUCGUCCUUCUUCAAACAACAGUUGAAAGCGAUGAAAUUGGAUGCAGGGAUUUUACCCAAUCAUGAAUUCUGGGAAGAUGCGCUAGGUCAUGAGAAGCCAUCCAAGGUCCUCGUAGUUGCAGAUCCGUCCACGGCUAAAAUUGCUGGAACCGUCCCCGCAUCUAUCCGUCAUCCAACCCAAUUGAACGGUGCAACCGCGUCGGUAUCAACUCCGAUUGCUGAAAACACAAGACCGAAGCGCACAGGUAAGAAGCGCAGUUAUAAUGACAGCAGUUUCGUCGGCUAUGGCGAGGGAUUCCCGGAUGACGAUGCGGACUUGGAAAGAGAGCAAUUUUCUAAUGGCGAAGAUGAAGGACGAGGGUCGGGAAAGAAGAAAAGGAAAAAGGAUCACAUUUCGGGAGUGUCUCCCACCCUCACUGAACGAAGCGGAAGCUACGGUGUCGGCAUGUUUGGCGUUGGCGCCCGAUGA